GUGACAUUUAAUGUAAUGUAUGUUAUUUUGUUUGCAUUGGUCAGUUUAUUGUUGCACACUAUGAUGUUACAUUGUUGAGACUGUAAUUAUAUGAAAUUGUAAAGUGCUUUUACAGUGUAGAUGCAGACAUCACAUUUUAUUUCAGACUGUUUUUUAAAUGAAUAACAUGUAAAAACACACACACAUAGGAACCAGGUAUCAAACUACCAAACUGCUAAAAAGUCAAAGUGAACAUGAGAAGAAAAGACUGCGUUAUGUGACACCUGUGGUUAAACUGUGUGACUGUGAGCGCCCCCUGGCUCCAGCAGGUGAAACAACGCUCAGAUUUACCUUCAAUCACCAUUUAUUUAAUCUGCAGCGUCCACUAAUCCUGAUUACAGAGAGAGGACGGGUCUCCCUCUGUCCUCUGUCUCCCACAGACGCCUGAACGCAUCACAGGCUGCAAGACACACACUGGAGAGGACCUAGGAGAUACUAGAGGACAGAGGAGACACCAGAGGAUGACCAUGGACAGCAGAGGCAGGAGAGUGUCGAACGGAUCCUUCAAACGCUCGUCCGUUAAACGCAGCGCGUCCUCUGGAUCACAGAAGGUCCACAGAGUCUGGAUCGAGAGGACAUUUGUGAAGAGAGACUGUGUCCAUUUCAUUCCCAGCAAAGACACCAGCAGGUGUAGUUGUGGUCAGCUCCUGGUCCAACACGCCUCCAUCUCUCCAGUGGUCAAAGAUGAAGGGGGCGGAGCUCUACUGGCCACGCCUGCAGAGAGGUGGACGCCCCUCAAACACACCCACACUUCACCCACUGACGCCUACGGAGUCAUAGAGUUCCAGGGUGGAGGACAUGUCAACAAGGCCAUGUACAUCCGGGUCUCCUAUGACUCGAGGCCGGACUCCCUGCUGCACAUGAUGGUGAAGGACUGGCAGCUGGAGCUGCCCACGCUCCUCAUCUCUGUCCACGGAGGCCUCCAGAACUUUGACCUACCGCCCAAACUCAAGCAGGUGUUUGGAAAAGGACUCAUCAAAGCCGCUGUCACCACGGGAGCCUGGAUCUUCACAGGUGGAGUCAGCACAGGAGUGAUCCGACAUGUCGGAGACGCUCUGAAGGAUCAUUCAUCAAAGUCUAGAGGGAAAGUGUGCGCCAUCGGCAUCGCACCGUGGGGGAUCAUCGAGAACAGGGAAGACCUGAUCGGCAGAGACGUGAUCAGACCCUACCAGACUAUGUCUAAUCCACUCAGUAAGCUGUCUGUGCUGAACAGUAGCCACUCCCACUUCAUCCUGUCUGACAACGGCACCAGCGGGAAGUAUGGCGCUGAGGUCCGCCUCCGCCGCCAGCUGGAGAAACACAUCGCUCUGCAGAAGAUUAACACACGUCUGGGUCAGGGUGUCCCUGUUGUGUGUCUGAUCCUGGAGGGAGGUCCUAACGUGAUCUCCAUUGUCAUGGAGAGUCUGAAGGAGGAGCCUCCGGUCCCCGUCGUGGUCUGUGAUGGCAGCGGUCGAGCCUCUGACAUCAUUUCCUUUGCUCACAGAUACUGUGAGGAGGACGGGUCGGUGAGUGACGGGGUCAAAGAUCAGCUGCUUGUCACCGUCCAGAAAACGUUCAACUACAGCCGCAGUCAGGCGCAGCAGAUCUUCCUCAUGGUGAUGGAGUGCAUGAAGAAGAAAGCCCUGGUAGGUCACAUGACUUCCCUCGUGGUCACGUGACCUCUGCAUGAGACCUGUUCACUGUCACUUUACCAUAAUGACACAGGUUUUACCUUUGACCCCAAAUUGCAGCUUAGUCCAGAUUGUUCUUUAUUUAAUCCCACAAUCCUC